AUGAGCGACGAACAUUUAGAUGAUAUAGUUUUAGAGGAUAGUAAUGUUAAUUUGGAUGGGUUGGAAUUUGAUUAUAUGGAUUUUAAUAAAGAUUCACCCCAGUCCCCCACAUUCUCACAAACUAGCGAUCAAUCUUUAGUUAAUGAAGAUUUACCUCAGUUACCUGCAUUACUGCAAACCGGUUUAGUCAAACGAAAAAAAAUUGAAAGGCAAGGCGGUAGUCCUGUUAAAGUGUUUUAUAAUAUUACAUUAAUUGAUAAUAUUGAAUUUUGGGUUUGUCGUCAUAAAGCUUGUAUUCCUAGAACAAAAUACAUAAAAGAUGGUUCUACUUCUAAUUUAUGUCAAGCAAAAGUUGUAGUAAAGAAUAAUAGUUGUGAAUUUUGUAUAAUUCCCGAAUCAUCUCAAACAACACUAAUACAAGCAUUUAACAAAACAAAAAAAUAUACAUUCAGUAACCCCAAACAAAAAAAACUUGACAAUAACAUAGCAGCUUUUAUUGUUGAAGAGCUUCAACCAUUUUCAAUUACUCAAUCACGGGCACUUAAAAGAAUUGUUGAAGGACUCGAUGCCCAGGCUAAUGUACUUAGUAAUGACCGUUUAAAAGAAAUUUUUAUUAAUUCUGAAAAUAAAAUUUUGCAAAAUAUUCGUGAAUAUGCACUUAAUAAUAAUGGUGAUCCAUAUAUUGGACUUACCCUUCAUUGGAUCAAUGAUAGCUUUCAAGUAAAAGAAAUGAUUGGUAAUAUCUCAUAUCUUCCAUAUCCUCACAUCUCCGAAUGUCUUUUUAAUAAGAUAGUUGAAAUUUUGGAUAAUCUCAACCUCAAACAUAUAACCAUUAGUGGUACAGUCGAUAAUGGGCGUAAUAUUAAAUCGUGUUUAGAAAGUGAAAGCCCAAAACAAAAACAAUUUUUUUUAGAAGCUCAAAUGGAGAUGGAGGAUUGGGAUAAUUUUCUUUUUGUAGUUCGUGAUGUUUCAAUGAGGUGGAACUCGACGUUCUAUCUUUUAAAACGGCUAACAAUUCUUAAACCUGUAAUGUAUAAGUAUAAAUCAUUUUUAGUUGAAGGUAAUGAAAAUAGUAUACUGCAAAGUUAUGAAGAAAAAGAGCUGUCAUCUAAUGAAUGGGAAAAAGUAACCAAAUUAGUUAAAUUAUUGUAUCCUUAUGAAGUAGUUACAAAAAAACUAUCAGGUUCCCAGUAUCCAACACUUUCUCAAGCAUGGUUCGUGAUUAAUUUUAUUAAAGGAAAACUUGAUUGUGCAAUAACAAAUAAUGUUGAUGUCCAAAAAUUUAAAACACUUCUUCAUGAAUCAAUCAAAAAUCGAUUUUUAGAACCAUCAAAGCCAAUUCGACUCACUGCUUUUCUUGAUCCACGAACCAAAGAUAUGCAAAUCUUUACAGAAGAAGAAAAGAAUCAUACUAUUUCAGAAGCACGCAUAGAAUAUCUUGAAUUAGCUACUAACUAUUAUGUAGAUAAUAUUUCAGAUACAGUACCUAGUGAUAUAAUGAAUGCUGAUAAUGACAUUUUUUCUGAUCCUUCAGCCACUUACUUGCAAGAACAUUCAAAUGAACAAGAUGAUGAUAAUAUUACUAAUU